CCUCCCUCUCCCUCCCUCCCGCCCUCGGUCCACUCGGCUCGGCUCGGCAGUUUGUCAGGCUCACGCGGAGAGACGAGGGCUGCUCCCUUUCGCCUCGGUCUGCACAGAACACACCAACCGACCGACCAGCCAGCCACCGUACAUUCCGCAACCAUGGCUGCCACGGACGUUGACGUGUUUUCGAAUGAAGGGAAGCGUAACCUGAGUUUGGGCGGCCAUGUUGGAUUUGACAGCCUCCCUGACCAGCUGGUCAGCAAAUCGGUCACGCAGGGAUUUUGUUUUAACAUCCUCUGUGUAGGGGAGACUGGUAUUGGCAAGUCGACGUUAAUGAACACACUUUUCAACACCAUGUUCGAGAACGAGGAGGCGAGCCACUAUCAGAACGGCGUGUAUCUGCGGCCGCGAACGUACGACCUGGUAGAAAGCAACGUCCAGCUCAAACUGACGAUUGUCGAUACUGUCGGCUUCGGUGACCAGAUCAACAAAGAGGACAGUUACAAACCAAUCGUUGACUACAUCGACACUCAGUUCGAAAACUAUCUCCAGGAAGAGCUGAAGAUCAAGCGCUCGCUGUUUAACUACCACGACACCAGGAUCCACAUCUGCCUAUAUUUCAUCGCCCCGACAGGACACUCCCUCAAGUCUCUGGAUCUCGUCACCAUGAAAAAACUGGACAGCAAGGUCAACAUCAUUCCCAUCAUUGCCAAAGCGGACACAAUCUCCAAGAGUGAGCUCCAUAAAUUCAAAAUAAAGAUUAUGAGUGAGCUGGUGAGCAACGGUGUCCAGAUAUAUCAGUUUCCCACUGACGAUGAAACGGUCAGCGAGAUCAACGCCUCCAUGAACGCCCAUCUGCCGUUCGCUGUGGUCGGGAGCGUGGAAGAGGUCAAAGUGGGGAACAAAACAGUGAGGGCCCGACAGUACCCCUGGGGUGUUGUGCAAGUGGAGAACGAGAGCCACUGCGACUUUGUCAAACUCAGAGAGAUGCUGAUCAGGGUCAACAUGGAGGAUCUCAGGGAGCAGACUCACGCCCGCCACUACGAGCUGUACCGACGCUGCAAGCUGGAGGAGAUGGGCUUCAAAGAUACUGACCCUGACAGCCAGCCAUUCAGUCUUCAAGAGACAUACGAGGCCAAGAGGAAAGAGUUCCUCGGAGACCUGCAGCGCAAAGAGGAAGAAAUGCGGCAAAUGUUUGUUAACAAAGUAAAAGAAACGGAAGCAGAGCUGAAAGAAAAGGAGAGAGAGCUGCACGACAAGUUCGAGCAGCUGAAGCGGAUGCACCAGGAGGAGAAGAGGAAGGUGGAGGAGAAGCGGCGAGACCUGGAGGAGGAGAUGAACGCCUUCAACAGGAAGAAGGUGGCGGCCGAGACGCUCUCCUUAUCUCAGCCCCUCAAGAAAGACAAGGACAAGAAAAACAGGUCGGUGACGACGGAGAACCAGUCGGCCGUCAGCGCCUCCAGCUCCAAGGUGAUGAUGGCCAAGGCCAACGUGGAGCCCUUGAACUGCCAGAGCUGGUGGCAGGCCAUACAGUGCUGCACCUGCCUAGUCCACAGCGCCGCCUGGAAGUCCGAGGGCCUCUUCUGAUGCCCCGGCGAGGCGGGAAGCACGCCGGGCUCCGGCGCCGGGUCCCAGCGGACGCCGGAGUCGAGCCCGAUGGACGGAAUGAGGUGGGGGUGGCCGGAGACGAGCAGGGCGUGGAACUAGGGUCGGAGGUGAACGGAGAAGGGAAGAGAAAUGAGACCAAAACGUUAGCAUAAUGAUGUCAUUGUUGUCUCAUUGUCCAUAGAUGCAUCCAUCCAUCUCUCACCCCUGACAUCUAUGACUUCAUAAUUCACACGCAUCGAAUAUGCCGGUGCAUUUAAUGUCCAACCUCUUCAUACCCAUCCACCCAGGAGACUCAGAAAUCUGUGAUUCUGUCUACUGUUCUCAAGUGUCUCAACAGAAACAGAGACGCUCACAAUCAGGUUUUACUCGUGAAGACCACCCCUCCCCCUCCCCCCACCCGCCCCUUGCCUGAGGAAUCAGUAAUCUUGUUCGUAUUGUACGUGCAGUGCUUUUGUGUUCCCAUCUGUAGGCAGGAACUAUAAAAACCUGAAGGGGGGACCGGGGGGCUCGAUGUUAAAAAGAAGUUUGGAGUAGAUUUUAAGAACGUCUUCAUUCUUCUGUCACACACGUCAGUAAAACACUCGAAUGCUAACUAUCCAGAUACUGACGAGUGAAUGGAAAUAUCUACACAUUCUUCUAAGUUUGUUCAAGUCAGAACGUCUUUUGUGUUUCUGUCGUUUCGCAUUGUGAUUCGCUCGUCUGCUCGGUUUGUCUCUAACUCUGUAGCAAAAACAAAAGGAAGUGGAAAUCGCCCGGGGGUCGGUUUUCAGCAAUGUGGCGCUGAAACCUACAAGUAAUCCCCAAAAACAGUUGCUCUUGACUGACGACUUCUUUCUAAACGUCUCCUCCUCCGCCUCCAAGUUUUAAGAAAUGUGUGAUUCAGGGUAAUGUAGCAAGCAAAGAGCAGUUAUGUCACGAUACGAAGCAUUUGAGAAGGUGGUGACAAAGACAUCUCUGUGAAUCCUCCUGUUUAUUCAUGUCAAAGUGUCAUGGUGGAGAGUCUGUGACAAACUACUGACGGAUUCUAUUGAUUACCGUUUAUAGAAAACGGAGAGUAAUGCAGGGCAAGGUCUGGGGAGGGGGGUGUAAUUUGUGAGAUAUUAACAGUAUAGUUAAAUAUUUAUUUGAAUAAUAUAUAGAGAAAAAAAUGUCUUUAUUUUAUUAUAGCUUUUAUUGAUACAUUAUGUCCCUUUAUUUUAAAAGUCUUGGAUUUUUUUGUAUGACUUUAAAGUGAAGUGCUGGGUCAAUAAUAGAUCCACAACAAUAACUCCACACACACUGUAAACCCGUGACACCAGAGUCAGUCAAACUGUAAUAGUAAAAGGCAGUAAAAAAGAUGAGUGCCAUUUUUGUUUUGUUUUGCUGAAUCAGUCCAAUUCAGUCCCAAUGUGCCACGGUACGCCGCCUGGUGACGAUUUAUGGUUUGUGGCUUUAAGAAAAUGAUCUCUGUCCUCCGCCAAUUUCAACAUCGUCACAAAUCUUUAACUCUUUUAUCCAUUUCUCGAGGGAACGUGGGAGAGUAUCGACGUGCAGAACGCACAACAAGGAUUCUUAAAUCAACGGGAGUUUCCUGGACAAGUAAUCAUUAUGUUUUUAAAUAUCCUCUGAAUGGAAAACCUUCCUGUGGUGUGGAUCAAUACAAGUGUGUAUUUAUGUCAGGAAAAAUUGACGGGCUGUAUUCAUAAAGCAUCCAACUUGCAGGCCUACAACCAUUUUUUCUUCCUCGUUCAGUUAUAUCUAGUGUUUUCAUCAACUCCACAAGAAAACAAUAUGCACGAUGAUCAUAUAUUUAUGUUUUGUUUUAUGAAGAACAGUCUUGGGUCGACGUUGCGGCCUGGCUGCAAGUGUGGCUAAAAAAAAAUAUACAUAUGUCCAAUUUUGUUAGGCCAAUCGAAAUCUUCUCAAACUGCCAUCUUUGCCUUUUAAACACUGGUCUUUCAAUCAUUACAUCCUGGUUGUCCUCUUGUUAAAAUGCAUUUAUGAUUACAGCCCCGAGCUCGACUGCAUGACGGCCUGAAUAAUGUGUUUGUCGACGGUUCGGUCGGUGGCUACUGUCGACCUCGGGCAACAGAUCCGAGCUAAUGAAGAAUUAUUGUGCCAUGAACCUGUAUGUUUUUUUGUAAAGUUUCUUGAGGUUUGAUUGCAUUGAAGCGGAUGAUCUAAUCUGCACACCAGACACACACACACACACACACACACACACACACACACACACACACACACACACACACACACACACACACACACACACACACACACACACACACACACACACACACACACACACACACACACACACACACACACACACACACACACACACACAAAACACCGUCCCUCUGGUGGCAGCAGGGUUUGGGUUUCCACUGUGGGGCUGCAGGUGACAGUUAGUCAGAAGUGCCUUGGCCUGAUGUGCAACACGCCUGUUAUUUUUUGCUGGCACCUUGCAAACACAGUCACAGGCGUGACACUCUAACAGUGCUCUUUAGGGUAUCAAGUCAUUUAAAUCAGGUUGAUUUGUUCCAUCUAUUAGAUUUGACCUAAAACAAGUGGGUAAUGCCGACCAUUUUAUUCCGAACUGUUUGAAAACCAAACGUGAAUUAACUUACCGUAAUCAGACCUUUUGAUUUCAUUAUUUGAAUUUGUGACAGACAUUUUAUUUAUCAUUACUCCUGGUUACAAAAAAAAGAAGGAAGGACAUAUUUUUGACUUUAUAUUAAUCAUGGGCACAAAGAAUUAAAUCAAAUAAAUGCACAAUCUCUACGAGGACCAAUUGUGUACUCUGGGGGGGUUAUGUGAACACCACCUUGAAGCAAGCAUGAUGGUUUAAUAUGUGCUUUUUGUACUGCUGUGUUUUAUGGCACCAUUGGGACCUGAAUUCACAAAGCAUCUCAAACGUCUGGCCAGUUCCCCGUGAAAUGCUCUGACGACUUAAGGUCCAGUUAAAAAACAAGAAGAAGAAGAAGAAGAAGAAGAAGGAAAAAAAGAAAAUCUGUUUUGUUUGCUCGUCUCAUCUGCCGAAUUCUAACUUACUAUGUGAAUGAAGUCGACUGGUGUCGCGGUGUACAAGUCCCAGUGCAGCUUGUCCAGAAUGAUCCUCUCCAUGCGCAGAAGCUCCGCUGUCGAAAAGCUGCAUCCGCUCCGCACAACCAGGUCUUUGACGGAACCUAUCACCUGUUAAAACGGACGCCAACGAAAAAGGGAAGCAAAUAAACGUACUGUUUUGAAAAGG